ACCCUAGAAAUAUGUUACUCCGUCCUCUCCACCGUCUUGAAUCUUUUAGUUUAGCUGUGAUGGGUCGAAAACACAAAGCAACUGCUCUUCCCAGCGAACCACAAGCCCUAGACAUCACAGACAACCAUGAAAUCAGUCCUCAGAAGAAGAGCAAGAACAAAGCUGAAGCUAAGCAUGAGAGGAAGCUUCAAGAGACUGAGUCUAAGGUUGAUAUAGAGACCAAGACGGAAAAGAAGAAGAGGAAGAAAGAGAAGAGAGAGAAAGAACAGGAGUCUUUGAAUAAUGGGUUGGUGGUUGAUUGUGGUAAGACAAGUGAAGCAAUUAAUGGGUCCGAUGAGAUUGGCAGGAAGAAGAAGAAGAAGAAACACAAGGGAGAUAGAGAAGAAGAGAGUUUGAACAAUGGGUUGGUGCUUGAUGAUGCUCAAAACUCUGAUAAAUCAGUACCAAAAUGUGAUGAAUACAAGAAAAAUGUUGCCUUUGUUGAUGUGGAGGAGAGAGAAAGUGAUGGGGGUGUAGUGGUGUCUGGGAUGGAUGUAAACGAUUCGAAAUAUGGGGCAUUAAAAUCGUUUACCGAGUCAGGGCUUGCUGAGGAUGUGCUUGAAUGCUGCAAAAAUUUCGAAAAGCCGUCACCAAUUCAGUCCCAUUCUUGGCCUUUCCUCUUGCAGGGUCGUGAUUUUAUUGGGAUUGCAGCUACUGGAUCAGGUAAGACAUUGGCCUUUGGUGUUCCGGCUCUUGUGCAUAUUUUGGAUAAGCGAAAGCAUAACACAUUGAAGAGAGUGAAUCCACUUUGCCUUGUGCUUUCACCUACAAGGGAGCUAGCCCAACAAAUUUCAGAUGUCCUAUGUGAUGCUGGAAAACAUUGUGGCGUGAAGUCAGUUUGUAUAUAUGGAGGAACUUCUAAAGCACCACAGAUAUCUUCUCUAAAAUCUGGUGUUGAUAUUGUUAUUGCAACUCCUGGCCGUUUGAAGGACUUGAUUGAAAUGGGUGUAUGCUACCUAAAGGAGGUGUCUUUUGUGGUUCUAGAUGAAGCUGAUCGAAUGCUUGAUAUGGGAUUUGAACCAGAAGUUCGCUCUAUACUAAGCCAAACAUGUCGCGAUCGCCAGAUGGUAAUGUUCAGUGCAACAUGGCCUCUACCUGUUCAUCAAUUAGCUCAAGAAUUCAUGGAUCGCCAUCCAGUUAAGGUGGUUGUUGGUUCAGAGGAUUUAGCUGCUAACCAUGAUGUCAUGCAGAUAAUAGAGGUCUUGGAUGAUCGAUCCCGUGAUGAACGUUUACUCUGUUUGCUAGAGAAGUACCACAAGUCCCGAAGGAAUAGGGUAUUGGUUUUUGUUUUGUACAAGAAGGAAGCAGCUCGUGUAGAAAAUAUGCUGCAAAAAAGGGGUUGGAAAGCUGUAUCUAUAAGUGGUGACAAAGCACAACAUGCACGUACGAAGGCGCUAUCACUAUUCAAGGAGGGAAGCUCUCCUUUAAUGAUAGCAACUGAUGUGGCUGCUCGAGGAUUGGAUAUUCCCGAUGUUGAAGUAGUGAUAAACUACAGUUUCCCACUUACCACAGAGGAUUAUGUUCACAGAAUAGGAAGGACAGGACGGGCUGGUAAAAAGGGUGUUGCCCACACAUUUUUCACUAAAGAAAACAAGGGCCUUGCGGGGGAGCUGGUAAAUGUUCUCAGAGAAGCAGGCCAGGUUGUACCUACUGCGCUUUUAAACUUUGGCACUCAUGUUAAGAAAAAGGAGUCUAAGCUAUAUGGGGCUCACUUUAGAGAGAUUGCAGCAGAUGCCCCAAAAGCUACAAAAAUAACAUUUGUCAACUCGGAUGAUGAAGAUUGACUUCUGAGGUGGACAAUUCUUUGUUGUACUGGGCUUUUUUCCAGACGUCAUCACCCAAUUGCCAAACUAGUACUAGUUGUUUCCAAAACAAUGUGCAGCUGGGGAAGGACCUUAUGACAUUUCACCAGAUCACUUGCUUUGACAAUAGCCAAUGUUGAUUUGGUAAUCUUGACAUCCUUUGAAUAUGGACCAAAGAUGCAGGUUUUACACAAAUAUAUAGAUAUAUAUUGCCUUCGUUCGGUUCAUUUCUCCAUCAAAAGUUGUAGUCUGGUAGCAUAGUAAAACUAGCCAACUUGAGCAGCAGCCUCCCACCUUCCACCGGGAUAUUGUUUCACUAAAUUAUUGAGAGAGCAACAGAAUUUUGUAUGAUCUUUCUUUCACUAAAUAAUUUAUUGAUUAUUGGGGCUUAUUUAA